UUGCUGCUACCACCGCAACCGCAACUACUGCUGCUGCUGUGCCAGCAGGCUGCUCCGUACACUUGCUUCUCUCCAAUUCUUUACAUCUCAAGACUCCAAACAUGGCUGAAAAAGAUGAAACCGAAAAGACCAUCGCCGAGGACUUGGUUGUCACCAAGUAUAAAAUGGCUGGUGACAUCGUAAACCGAGCUUUGAAGCUUGUUUUAGAUAAGUGUGUGGAUGGAGCUAAUGUCCGGGAAGUUUGUGAAUUUGGGGAUCAGUUUAUGGCUGAGGAGACCAGUAAAGUUUUUAAGAAGGAGAAGGAAAUGAAGAAGGGUGUAGCAUUCCCCACGUCAAUUUCCAUUAAUAACUGUAUUUGCCACUUUUCACCAACUUCAAGAGAUCCUGACGUAUUGCUUAAAAAUGGAGACUUAGUUAAAGUUGAUCUUGGUGCUCAUGUUGAUGGCUUCAUUGCUGUAGUUGCACACACUGCUACUGUGGGACUUCUACCAGGCAACAAGGUUUCAGGCCGACAAGCUGAUGUGAUUCUAGCUGCUCACCAAGCAUCUCAGGCAGCAUUGCGUCUUCUGAAGCCCGGUAAUGAGACUUACUCCAUUACCAAUGCUGUGCAAAAAAUUUGUGAAGAUUACAAAUGUAAACCAGUUGAGGGAAUGCUCAGCCACCAACUUAAGCAAUAUAGGAUUGAUGGAGAGAAGACUGUUAUCCAGAACCCCAAUGAGGCCCAGAAGAAGGAACAUGAAAAAUUCACUCUUGAAGUCCAUGAAGUUUAUGCCAUGGAUGUACUUGUUAGCACAGGAGAAGGAGUGGGUAAAGAGGCCAAUUCAAGAGUAACCAUCUACAAGAAAACAGAUGAGACCUAUCAACUGAAGAUGAAGGCAUCUCGCACAUUCUAUAGUGAAGUGGUACACAAGCAUGGAACCAUGCCAUUCAAUCUUCGCACUUUUGAGGAUGAAACCAAAGCCAAAUUGGGAGCUUUAGAGUGUGUAAACCACAAAUUAAUCGAACCAUUCCAGGUUCUCUAUGACAAACCAGGUGAACAUGUGGCUCAGUUUAAGUUCACAGUUCUGUUGAUGCCAACUGGCACAUUACGAAUCACUGGAUUACCCUUUGAACAAGAUCUUUAUUCUUCUGAAAAUGGUGUGACUGAUCCUGAAUUAAAGCAACUUUUGGCCUCUUCUGCAAAUCCUAAGAACACAAAGAAGAAGAACAAGAAGAAGUCAGAAAAAAUGCAGGAAGAAGCAAUGGAAGUCGACGGUUGAUUUAAUGUUACCUUGAAAGUGCAGGGAUUAUUGAGUACAACUCUUAGCACUUGUCUCACACCAGUUAUUUGUACAGACUGAUGUACUGCCCAAUCUCUUCGGUCCAUUUUGUUCAUUGUUAACAUUCUCUUUGUAAAACACAAUUUAUGUAACACCAUCUUUUGUGGGGAUUCAUUGUAUUGUCUUGAAAAGUAGCUACAUUUAUAAGGAACUAUUUUUUACCUUUCACAAUUAUUACUACUUGCUUUUUCUGUCAUCUUGCCAGUGUUAAUGUAGGUAAUACCAUCUAUUUCCAUCCCAUUGUACUCAAGCAAAAAUUAACUCUCAAAUCAUUCAGCCCUACUGUGGAGUAUCAUCUGAUUGUAUUUGAUGCACAGCAUUAAUUUUACCAGAGUUUGUAACAUGAAGGUGUAACAUGAAUGCUAUUCCCGCACUGUUGUUCUUUCAUGAAUUUAUCAUUGUCGAUUUUUAUUGUAGACAAAGAAAAUGGAGCUGUGCUCUAAAACUAAUAAAUUAAAUUUGGAGAAGUUCUAUAAAA